AUGCUCGGUACAGAAGACGGCAUCUUCCUGAUCAUAACAACCGGAGAAUUCAUAAUAGGAUUAUUGGGGAAUGGAUUUAUUGCAUUGGUAACCUGGAUUGACUGGGUUAAGAAGAAAAAGCUCUCCUCAACUGACUACAUCCUCACCAGUUUAGCUAUCUCCAGAAUUUGUCUGAUCUGUGUCAUAGUACUAAAUAUCAUCACACAGAUAUUCUACCCUGAUUUUUUUUUUAAUGAAAAACUAAGGAUAGUCAUUGGGACCUUCUGGAUGCUCAGCAAUCACACAAGUACCUGGUUUGGCACUUGCCUCAGUGUCUUCUAUUUGCUCAAGAUAGCCAAUUUCUCCCAUCCACUUUUUCUCUGGCUGAAGUGGAGAAUUGACAGAGCUAUUGUCCACAUCCUUUUGGGGUGCUUGGCCAUCUCCUUGUUGACCUUCCUUAUGCUAGUAACGAUAGUGAGUUGUGAUUAUUGGUUUCAUAUAAUUGCGAAACAAAAAAGCAACUUCACUGAAUUGUUCUAUGUAAGUAAAAGUGAUCAGUUUAAUGUACUGACUCUUUUUGGCUUGUUGGGAAUUGUCCCAUUUACUGGGUCCUUGAUCUCACUUUUCCUUUUAAUUAUAUCCCUGUGGAGACAUACUAAGCAAAUGAAACACAAAGCUACACGUUGUAGAGACUCCAGCACGGAGGCUCAUGUGAGAGCCAUGAAAACUGUGACUUCAUUUCUUUUCCUCCUGUUUGUGUACUAUUUGUCUUCUUUAUGGUCAGCCUUUAGCUACCAUGUGACAGAAAAAAGGGUAGCUGUGAUACUUGGAGAGACUAUAACAAUUCUCUAUCCCUCAGGUCACUCACUUAUUUUAAUUCUUGGAUACAACAAGCUGAGGCAGGCAUCUGCCAGGAUGCUGACAUGUGAAAAAAGAGCCUGCAUGACAUAGAAUCUUAGUCUUAUACAUAGACUUUAA